AUGCGGGAUCAUGCAAUUUUAUCGGUUGAUGAGGUUAUUCGAGGAGUUAGUGUGGCUGUGCAUGAUGGCAGCCCACUUGUGGUAUUCUUAAAUACAAUGUGGAUGCAUCGAUUAAUUAUGUUGAUUGUGUUUCAUUUUAUGGAGCUGUUUUACGUAACACAAAUGGACAUGUUUUUAAGGUUUAUCGGGUUUCAUUCUGGGUAUUUUAUCUCCUUUUGUAGUAGAAGUAAAGGCGUAGAAGUAAAGGCAUUACGGGAGACGCUUGUUUGGUUGGUUUCUUUAUCUCUAACACAGGUUAUUGUAGAAAUUGAUUCACAAUUAGUAAUGAAAGCUGUGCUUUCAACUGUAGUUGAUUAUUCUAAGGCUAAUACUUUAAUAGCUGAGUUUCUCAUUUAUAAUCUUCUUACUUUUGAUAAUCCCACCAUUAACUCGUCUUCUUACCAAACUAUCUUCUAGCUACAACACUCCAAGAUGUCAAAAUCUGACAACCAUAGGCGCAUUCCUACCACUGGGAAAGCAACGAUUCUUGCCAUAGGCAAGGCCUUUCCUAAGCAGCUCAUUCCUCAAGAGUGCCUAGUGGAGGGCUAUAUCCGUGACACCAAAUGCGAAGAUGUAUCCAUCAAGGAGAAAUUGGAGCGACUUUGCAAAACUACUACUGUGAAGAGAAGAUACACGGUCAUGUCAAAGGAGAUUCUGGACAAAUACCCUGAACUUGCAACUGAGGGCACGCCAACAAUCAAACAAAGGCUUGAAAUAGCAAAUCCAGCAGUUGUUGAGAUGGCAAAAGAAGCAAGUAUUGCUUGCAUCAAGGAGUGGGGAAGGCCAGCCGAAGAUAUAACCCAUAUUGUCUAUGUCUCUUCCAGUGAGAUACGCCUACCAGGUGGCGACCUUUAUCUUGCCAGCCAACUUGGCUUAAAGAGCGAUGUUAGUCGAGUAAUGCUAUACUUUCUAGGCUGUUAUGGUGGUGUGGCUGGCCUCAGAGUUGCCAAGGACAUAGCUGAAAAUAAUCCAGGAAGCCGUGUUUUAUUAACCACUUCUGAAACUACCAUUAUUGGUUUUCGUCCCCCAAACAAAGCACGCCCUUAUGAUCUUGUAGGGGCUGCGCUUUUUGGCGAUGGAGCUGCAGCUGUAAUUAUUGGAGCCAACCCUAUAAUAAACAAGGAGUCUCCUUUCAUGGAGCUUAACUGUGCAGUUCAACAAUUCUUGCCAGGUACUCAAAAUGUCAUCGAUGGACGCCUUACUGAAGAGGGUAUAAAUUUCAAGCUUGGAAGGGACCUUCCUCAGAAGAUAGAAGAUAACAUAGAGGAAUUCUGCAAGAAGCUGAUGUUAAAGGCUGGAUUAACUGAGGAGUUCAAUGAUUUAUUCUGGGCUGUUCAUCCUGGUGGACCUGCAAUACUUAACAGGCUAGAAACCAAUCUGAAGCUAAACAGUGGUAAGUUAGAGUGCAGCAGGAGAGCUCUAAUGGACUAUGGAAAUGUUAGCAGCAAUACUAUAUUCUAUGUUAUGGAAUACAUGAGAGAAGAAUUGAAAAGAGAGGGAGGGGAAGAAUGGGGACUUGCGUUAGCGUUUGGGCCUGGCAUUACUUUUGAAGGCAUCCUUCUUCGUAGCUUGUGA